AAAAAUGUCAAAAUAAAAAUGGCCGCGCAUCGUGUGUUGGUGCCGCGCAGUUGUUAAUUCAAGAUUAUCCAUAAUACUAGACUUUUAAAUAACUCUACAUUAGUGGUUAUACAUAUUGGAACGUGUACUUCUUUAUUUUUGUUUAAAUAAACUAGUUAUUUCAUUUAAAAUGGAUCCUGAAAGGGAUGGUAAACGUAAGAAAGACAGAAACAGUGAUGAUGAAGACAGACGUAGGGAAAAGAAGUCAAAAAAGGCACGAUCGAGAUCGAGAUCCAGGUCACCAGCUGAGCACCGUGAUAGGGACUCUAGAAGAAAACGAAGACAUUCCAGAUCGGUCUCACCAGAAGGGCCUGUGAAACAAGAAAAACGGUCAGACACACAACAGGACCCCGAUGUGAAGAAAGAAAUGCCUCAACGUCGCGUCAAGGAAACGGAUAUGUUGAAUACACGAACAGGAGGUGCUUAUAUACCUCCAGCACGUCUCAGGAUGAUGCAGGCGCAAAUAACAGACAAAUCAUCAGUAGCAUAUCAAAGGCUAGCUUGGGAAGCUUUAAAGAAGUCGAUACACGGCCACAUCAACAAAAUCAACGUUGGCAACAUUGGUAUAAUUAUCAAAGAGUUGUUGAAAGAGAACAUAGUGCGUGGAAGAGGUUUGUUGUGCCGGUCUGUGAUACAAGCACAAGCUGCUUCCCCUACAUUCACCAAUGUGUAUGCUGCACUAGUUGCUGCUGUUAACUCCCGGUUCCCGAAUAUUGGGGAGUUGCUUCUAAAGAGGUUGAUGAUCCAAUUCAAAAGAGGUUUCAAGCGCAAUGACAAACCUAUUUGUAUAUCGUCAGCAUCAUUCAUUGCACAUUUAGUAAACCAGAGAGUAGCGCAUGAGAUUCUUGCAUUGGAAUUGCUGACUUUACUCGUAGAGACCCCUACUGAUGACUCAGUUGAAGUUGCCAUUGCUUUCCUAAAGGAAUGUGGCCAAAAACUGACUGAAGUAUCUUCUAAGGGUGUGAAUGCAAUAUUUGAAAUGUUAAGGAAUAUCCUUCAUGAAGGACAGCUGGAUAAAAGAGUGCAGUACAUGAUAGAAGUUAUGUUUCAAGUGUGGAAGGAUGGGUUCAAAGACCAUCCGGCUCUGAUUGAGGAGUUGGAGCUAGUGCCUGAGGAGGAGCAGUUCACUCAUCUUAUGAUGCUGGAUGAAGCCACUGACCCACAAGAUAUCUUGAAUGUUUUCAAGUUUGAUGAUAAGUAUGAAGAGAAUGAACAAAAGUACAAAACCUUGAGCAAAGAGAUUCUUGGCUCUGAUGCUGAGUCUGGUGAAGAGGAUGGUUCUGGAGAGAGUGGUAGUGAGGAAUCAGAAGAUGAUGAAGAGGAAGAGGGACAAAAGCCAGUCACUAUCAUUGAUAAUACGGAAACAAACCUUGUAGCUUUGCGCAGAACCAUAUAUUUGACUAUCAACUCCAGUUUAGACUUUGAGGAAUGUGCCCAUAAGCUAAUGAAGAUGCAGCUGAAGCCUGGCCAAGAAGUUGAGUUGUGUCACAUGUUCCUGGACUGCUGUGCAGAACAGAGAACUUACGAGAAGUUCUAUGGACUCCUAGCACAACGAUUUUGUAACAUAAACAGAAUAUACAUUGGCCCUUUCGAGGAAAUAUUCAAAGAUUCCUAUGGAACAGCCCAUAGAUUAGACACAAACAGAUUAAGGAAUGUCAGCAAAUUCUUCGCACAUUUAUUAUUUACAGAUUCUAUAAGUUGGGAGGUAUUGGAAUGUGUGAAAUUAAAUGAAGAGGACACAACAAGUUCUAGUCGUAUUUAUAUCAAAAUUUUGUUCCAAGAAUUAGCAGAAUAUAUGGGACUCAAGAAACUGAAUGAUCGCCUUAAGGAUCCGACCCUGCAGACUGCAUUCUCAGGUAUCUUCCCUCGUGAUAAUCCCAAGAACACAAGGUUCUCCAUCAACUUCUUCACAUCCAUUGGUCUUGGAGGCUUGACGGAUGAGCUCAGAGAGCAUUUGAAGCAGUUGCCUAAGAAUGUACCUGCACCCAUACCAGAUAUAACACUGGGCAGUGACUCCAGCUCAGAUUCUAGUUCUGACUCAUCUAGUUCCAGUAGCUCUGACUCCUCUUCAUCCAGCGACAGUUCUAGUGAAUCCGAGUCAGAGAAGAAUAGCAAAAAGAAGAAAGAAAAGAAAUCUAAAAAGGGUAAAAGCAAGGAUAAAGUACCUAAAACGCCUGAACAGGAAUCGGAACCACCGGUUGAAAGGUGGGGUCACGAUGGUUUCUACGACACCUACGGCAAAGACGCUAAGAGAAUGGAAAAUAGGAACGCCAGAUCUCGGGACGUUAGAAGAAAAGAUGAUAGAAUGGAUCACAGAAACGGAGACGAUAAACGAAGGAGGUAUGAUGGCAAUGAAAAGAAUGAUCGUGAAAGUAGGCGCAAUGAGGAUAGAGGCGGACGAGAUGAUGAUGAUAGGGUACCAAAUCACGACCGAUACUGGAAAGAUAGUGAAAAGCCGCGAGAUGAAGGCCGAAGUCGAAAAGACGAUGACAGACAAAAUGGAGACGAUAGGGGGCGUAACGAUGAUGACAGAAACCGCAGAGACGAUGAGAGAAUACAAAAAGACAAAAAACGUAGUCGGAGAGACGAUGAGAGAGAGCGUCAAAAUGAUGAGAGAGACCGUGGCGAUGAUAAGAGAAGCAAAGAUGAUGAUCGGAUACGAAGGGAUGAUAGAAAAGAUCGUAAAGUCGAAGAUCAAGAGAUACAAAACGAAGAAAGAUACCGCAAAAAUGAUAAACAGAAAUACGAAGUCAAAAGUCGCAGAGAUGAUGUUGAAGAGCGAACCCGUAGGGAAGAUGAUAGAGAAUUCAGAAAUCAGAAAGAUGACGAUGAGGGCCGAAAAGACGAUGUUAAGCGACGACGAGAUGACGGCAGGACUGGAAGAGAUGACGAUAGACCACGAAGAGAUGAUAUUAGAGAACGCAAGGAUGAUGGUAGAGAACGCAGGAAUGAUGGUAGAGAACGCAAGGAUGAUGGUAGAGAACGCAAGGAUGAUGGUAGAGAACGCAGGGAUGAUGGUAGAGAACGCAAGGAUGAUGGUAGAGAACGCAGGGAUGAAGAUAGAGAACGCAGGGAUGAUGGAAGAGAACGCAGGGAUGAUGAUAGAGAACGCAGGGAUGAUGCCAGGCCACGAAGAGAUGAUGAUAGAGAACGCAGGAAUGAUGACAGGCCACGAAGAGAUGACGAUAGGGCACGAGGAGGUGAUGGCAGGGGACGCAGGGAUGAUGGUAAAGAACAUAGGGAUAAUGAUAAAGACCGUAGAGAUGAUGUAAGAGAACGCAGAGAAGAACGUAGGGAUGAUGAUAGACAACGUAAGGAUGAUAGUAGGACUCAACGGAAUGACAAUAGAGAACGAAGAAACGUUGACAAAGAAAUGCAAAAUGAUGACCCUAGCCGUAAAUACGAUAAGGAACAAAGAAAUGACAAAAGAAGUCGUAGAGACGAAAGAGAUGAAUACAAAGGACGACAAGACGCAGAAAAAGAAGACGAUAGAAGAUAUCAAGAUGAGAACAGACUUAAAGCGUAUGAAAAAAGUCGUAAAGAUGAUGACGAGGGACAGAAAGAUGAUAGCAUUGACAGACCACGCAAGGACGAGAAAAAUUACGAUAAUAGAAGACGUGAAGAUGAAGAAGAAAGAGCUGUAAGAAAAGGUAAAAAAGAGAAACAAGAUAGAGAUGAUGAGUCAAGAAGUAAAAAGAAAGAUUCAGCCGCACAACUUCAUCAGGAGGAUCUUGAAGAAGUCGACAAGCGAAGGAAAGGUAAACGUAACGAUAGACAUACAGAAACGUACGAUGAAGACGAAUCUAGAUCUAAAAUAAAAGAUAACAGCCAAAGAUAUCAAAACGGAGUAGAAGUAAAUAAAGAUAACAUUAAAAAUAUUAAAGAGGAAAAUGUAAGUAAGAAAAGGAAUAAAAGCAGUAAAAAACAUGAAGAGAGUAGUAGCGAAGAGGAAAUGCCUGACAAGGGAAGUAAAAAGAAACAAUCAAAAGGGAAAAAGAAGAAACAAGUAAGCGAAUCUGAAGAUUCCUCGUCAUCGUCAUCCUCUGAUUCGUCGUCGUCAUCAUCAUCGUCGUCUUCGUCUUCCACAUCAUCAUCAUCAGAUGAAGAAGAUAAUAAAAAGGUGUCUAAAAGAUACUGGGAUACUUUAGAUGUAAUGACUAAAGCUGAAUCAAAAAAAACUAUUAGCCUCAAAAAGCGGUCUUAGCGUUAAAUGUCUGCGUACGCGCAGCGGUAGACAUGUAUGAUAUGCGGUCGUGUUUCUUUUAUAAAUAUAAUUCUCGGCACGUAACAUAGUUAUAUCUUCGCAGUGUGUAACUUGCGCUAUGUGAAUUUUCUCAUUAUUUCCCACUUUCACACAAAUUCCUUUUCUUAAUCUUACUUUCUUCUAAUUAGUCUGUAUUAAAAUAAUUGCAACAACCAUAAAAUUCCUCAUCACGACAAAAUAUCGGCAUGUUACGUACCGCGGACUAUAUUAAAUUUUGGACUGAAUUUGAUGUAAGCAAUGUUUGCUGUGAAUGCCUAAUACAUAAUAGGCUUGUGACGGCGCCAUGAGAACUACAGUGCAGUGAUGUUAUACAUAUUUGUUGAUAAUCCUAGCAAAUUAA